GAAAAUCACGAAAUAUAUAUAUGUAUAACUUUAUAUAAAUUAAAUUAAAAUCAAAUCAAAUGAAAAUUAGGUUUUCAUUAUUAUAUAUUGUAUCAUUUUUAUUAUUAGUAGUUGACAUUCAUGGAGAAGCUACUAAUAAAUUUCGUGAUCGUGAAGCCACUGACGAUAAUUUAGGUUAUCCUAAUUUCGACGAGGAUGAAUUGUUGAAUAAACAAUGUCCUCAAAAUUUGGAGCUAAGAUGGCAGACGGAAGUUAGUUCUAGCAUAUAUGCAACACCAUUAAUCGCUGACAUUAACAGUGAUGGCAAGCUUGAUGUUGUUGUUCCAUCUUUUGUUCACUACCUAGAAGUUUUAGAAGGUUCUGAUGGGGAUAAAAUGCCAGGAUGGCCUGCUUUUCAUCAGUCUACUGUUCACGCCAGCCCACUCUUAUAUGAUAUUGACAAGGAUGGUGUGAGAGAAAUAGCAUUGGCUACUUACAAUGGCGAGGUGCUCUUCUUCCGAGCUUCAGGUUAUAUGAUGUCAGAUAAAUUAGAGGUCCCUAGGCUUAAAGCCAAGAGGGAUUGGUAUGUGGGGCUGCUUCCAGAUCCAGUUGACCAUUCUCACCCAGAUGUUCAUGAUGAGCAGCUCAUUCAAGAGGCUGUCAUGCAUUCCAAACCUAACCCCAAAGAAGCUAACCAUACAUCUGGUGUGGAAGAGCACAAGGGGAAAGAGACUGAAAUGCAACCGAAAACGGAAACACCAAAUGAUACAAAAGUUACGUCUCCGGAAGAACAUGUUAGGAAUCCACAGAAUCAGAGUGAUGCAAGUGUUGCACAAGAUAAAACUAGUCCUCAUAUUGAGUUGCCAAAGGACAUACAUAACACCUCAUCAACUACUGCACCAGAUAAUGUAGAAGGUACUAACAAUGAAACAAAAACUGGAAGACGUCUACUUGAAGAGACAACACAGGACAAUGAUCAUAAAGAUGUUCCUGUUACAACUGUUGAAAAUGAGGAAGGUCUUGAGGCCGAUGCUGAUUCGUCUUUUGAGUUAUUUCGUGACAAUGAUGAGCUGGCUGAUGAGUAUAACUAUGACUAUGAUGAUUAUGUUGAUGAAUCAAUGUGGGGUGAUGAAGAGUGGACUGAAGCUCAACACGAGGCAUCUCAAAAUUAUGUGCAUGUUGAUUCACACAUUUUGUGUACUCCUGUGAUAGCGGACAUAGACCGGGAUGGGGUUUCGGAGAUGAUUGUUGCAGUCUCAUAUUUCUUUGACCACGAGUACUAUGAUAACCCGGAGCGUGUGAAGGAGCUUGGUGGUAUUGACAUUGGAAAAUAUGUUGGUGGUGCUAUCGUCGUUUUUAACCUUGAGACCAAACAAGUUAAGUGGACUCAAGAAUUGGAUCUGAGUACAGAAACUGGGAAGUACCGUGCCUACAUCUAUUCUUCUCCGACAGUAGUUGAUUUGGACGGUGAUGGAUACCUGGACAUUCUUGUUGGAACUUCUUAUGGCUUAUUUUAUGUCCUUGAUCAUAAUGGCAAGGUAAGGGAGAAGUUCCCUCUUGAGAUGGCUGAAAUUCAGGGUGCUGUAAUAGCUGCUGAUAUAAAUGAUGAUGGGAAGAUUGAAUUGGUCACUACAGAUACCCAUGGCAAUGUUGCGGCAUGGACUCCUCAGGGUGUAGAAAUCUGGGAAAUCCAUCUUAAGAGCUUAAUUCCUCAGGGUCCCAGUGUUGGUGAUGUGGAUGGAGAUGGGCACACUGAUGUGGUGGUUCCAACUAUAUCCGGAAAUAUAUAUGUGCUUAGUGGAAAGGAUGGGUCAUUUGUACGUCCAUAUCCAUACAGAACUCAUGGCAGAGUGAUGAAUCAGGUUCUCCUGGUUGAUUUGGCUAAACGCAAUGAAAAGAAGAAAGGACUUACCAUCGUUACCACAUCAUUUGAUGGCUACUUGUAUCUCAUUGAUGGACCUACUUCAUGUGCUGAUGUUGUAGAUAUCGGUGAAACAUCGUAUAGCAUGGUCUUGGCAGACAAUGUUGAUGGUGGAGAUGAUCUUGAUCUUAUUGUGACAACCAUGAAUGGCAAUGUCUUCUGUUUUUCAACCCCUGCUCCACAUCAUCCUCUCAAGGCAUGGAGAUCACAUAAUCAGGGACGCAACAACGUUGCAGCUCGUGUUGACCGUGAAGGAGUCUACGUUACCCCUUCAUCCAGAGCAUUCCGUGAUGAAGAAGGAAAGAAUUUUUGGGUUGAAAUAGAGAUUGUAGAUAAACAUAGGGUACCAUCUGGCUCCCAAGGUCCUUAUAAUGUCACGACAUCAUUGCUGGUUCCUGGAAAUUACCAAGGGAAUAGAACAAUCAAGAGUUACAAUGUGUAUGAUAAACCUGGAAAAUACAGGAUGAAGCUCCCAACAGUAGGAGUAAGAACAACGGGAACAGUAUUGGUGGAAAUGACAGACAAGAACGGAUUGCACUUUUCUGAUGAAUUCUCAUUAACCUUCCAUCUUCAUUACUACAAGUUAUUAAAAUGGCUUCUUGUACUUCCGAUGAUGGGCAUGUUUGCUGUGCUUGUCAUCUUUCGUCCACAGGAUUCCAUGCCUUUGCCAUCAUUCUCACGCAACACAGAGUUAUAAGUGAGGUAUCAUUAAAGAGAGAGAUUUAGUAUGAAUGAAGUUGUGAUUUGUGUUGACAUUAUCUAGAAUCAGGUAAUGUUUGAUGGAGUUUUUGACUUUCGGAAGAGAUGGUUCAUAUAGUCCAUAGAUGUGAGUUAGUGUUAAGGUUAUCAAGACCUUUUUGUUUAGCAGCCAAAACAUGGUUAAUACUUGAUAGAUGAUAUGGUUUCUAACCUUUGAAAGCAAAUAUAUUGUCUGUA